AUGUCCAUAUCCACGUUUGCGUCCGCAAAGUCAAACACGCUGGGAAAUGAACAUUUCUUCCGCUACACCAGUGGAAGAUGGCUAUGGGAUGAGGAGAAGCAGCUUCAAGAAAGAUAUAAGAAGUUCAAUGUUGAAGAGCUUAAGUGGAUUGGCGCUGAGAGCAUCGGUGCUAAAUUUUGUAUCUCGAUAACUAAGCUGGACGAGGGGGGCUACAACAAAGUAUUCAGGCUGGUAAUGGACAAUGGUUCGAGUGUCAUUGCACGGAUACCAUGUCCCAAUGCUGGCCCACCUUUCAAGACCACCGCGUCUGAAGUUGCAACAAUGGAUUUUGCUAGAACUAUUCUCAAUAUAUCCGUUCCAAAAGUCCACAGCUGGAGUGCAGUGUUGGACAAUCCUGUAGAAGCAGAAUACAUUUUGAUGGAAGAAGCCUGCGGAACGUCACUCGGAGAUUCAUGGGAAGAUAUGGGAAUACAUUCCAAACACAAAAUUGUGAAAGAUAUUGUCUCUAUGGAUCAGAAGCUACUUUCGAUAUCCUUCUCACGAUAUGGCAAUAUAUACUUUGCAAAAGAUUCCUUUGCAGGAUGUGAAAAAGCAGAGAUUUCUGGCUAUAUUUCAGAAGAACUGAAGAAGGAGGUUGAAGAGCGAUUCACAAUUGGGCCAGUGGUAGGUCAUGCGUUCUGGAGAAGAGAUCAAUCGUCAAUGCCAAUGGAACGGGGACCUUGGAAAACCGCUAAUGACUAUCUCAAAGCAUCAGCCAAUAACCAAAUCACCUGGCUGAGUCAAUAUUGGGAUGAGAUGGGACAUAAUGCCGGGUGCCCUAUCCAUUUUACGGAGGAAGAUUUACAGAGUCAUAUGCAGGAUGGCGAAGGAUUCAACGAGCAGGCUGACUUCUGGGACAGACUAGAAGGGUUUAUUUCACGUGAUGGAUGGACUUCGAAUGAGAGGUACGACGAAGCCCUCGAGAUGUUCGCUGGAAUUCGAGAGGAGGGGCUGAAGCAACUGACUGGUGAGGAGAGGUCCGAUUUUGAGAAGCAGAGUAGGUGGGCUCAGAGAAGCACCGCUAGAGCUGAUGGUUCUUAA